GAUCUCCAGUACCUCCAUUGAAUCACUCCGCGUUCUCCAAACCUGGACGAAAUCAAGGAGAAGAAGAAGAAAUUGUAGCAAUCGUAAACCGACAUCAACCUCGUCAGCCGGGCCGAUAAAGUCAUUUGAAUGAGUGUCAUUUUGCCGAGUUCCUACCGACGACAAAUUCAAAGUUAGGCCGAUUAACAGUAUAAGCACUGAUGAAUACAAAGGAUCCAGCCAAGCAUCUGCCUAUCCUGCCUUCAUCCGAAGCUGCCUUCCUUAGCUAUCCCUGUCAUAGCCAUCCCCGUCACUACCAGUUGACAGAGUUCCGCCAUUACCAGUGGGACCAGUCAGACCUACCGGAUUGAAAAACUAAUCCAAACUUUGAACUGAACAUCACUGCUCAAAAUGCAGCGGUUUAUUGAGAGCUGUGAGAAACAAUCAACAAUGCACAGGCAAAUGAAUGAGGCAACUGAUGAUGAGAGGGCUUCUACAGGAACUCUGAAGGAAGCAGGAGCUUUUGGUCAGCCUGGAAUCCACAUGGAGUCCGAGGGUAGCACCCACCAACCUCGUACCAGUACACCCAAGAAAAACACCUUUAAUCCUCCAACACCAACUAUUCAGAGACAUACCGGAUCCAAGAGGGCAAGUGGUGAUGGUCCACUGCCAGAGGAAGGUGCGUCCGCUUGGCCAACUCAAGAAGGUCUAGAGGAAGAAGCUGAGCUUUGUCUACCAGAGAUUCAGCCACACCCAGAAGAUGAAGUAGGUGCAGAAGGUCAGGAUGAGGUUCAUUCAGAAGCUGGUGACCUAUUGGAAGAGGAUGACCCUGCCCCUCAGCUACCGUCAUCCAAUGGUGAGAUAAUGUCUUCCCUCAAUGAGGUGAUGUCUUCUGUCAACUGGGUGACGGAUGCUGCAAUAGGUAACACAGAGGGAAUACAAAAGUUAAAAGAGGGUCAUAGUCGUAACUGUGUGAGAGCUGGGUUACAGCAUUCCAAGUCCAUGGAUGCAAUAGAAUCGAUGAAAAAUCAAAUCUUAGUUCUUACUCAGAAUGACCAUAAGAAAGAUGAAAGGAUUAAAUCUCUUGAAGCUGAUAGGGAGGUGGCUGAUAAAGGUGUAGAAACUUGGCAGAUUCCUUUCUCUAACCUGAAAAGAAAAGGGAAAGAUUCAAUCUCUUCCAAAAUCAUUCAUACACCAUCUGGGGGGUGCUUUAAGGCCAAGUUGUUCCUCAAUGAGGUCAGCAAGCAUGGGAGUCCUUGUUUGUCUAUAGUUGUUUCAGAGACCAGCGUGAGCAGCGCUGCUGCAUCGGCUGACAAGGCAUUGAAAUACAAAUGUAGAUUGCAGCUUGUUAACCUGAAAAAUGUGGCUGAUUCCAUUCAGGAAGAACACGAGUUACAAAGGGGGGUAUGCGGCGCAGCAUCGGGAAAGAAUGAAGCCAAAUUUCUCGACUGGGUUACUAUCAAGUUGAUUGAAGAUCAAAGUAGAGGAUUUUUAAUGAACGGGGUGCUUCUGGUCAUACUGACCUUUGAAAAAAUAUAAACAUGACAAUGCCUGUGGUAGAACAGGAAUAGAUCUUUGAUGGAUGGAAUGUCCUUCUUUUACUACGGUCCUUAUCUAUCGAUUAAUUUAAACUUUACACUGUGUCCAACUCUAAAAUAAGAUUGAACAAAAGGAAAUUAGGUUUCAGACUAACUUUUUGCUUUAAACCCUACUUUGAACAAAAAUCUAAACCCAGGGUCAGGUUUACACUUCAAUAGAACAUAGGCCUAAAUAAACAAACAGUGCUGUGACACAUGCCCUGAUGAUAAUUGAUCUGGCUUUUAUGUCAUCAGAAAGGGUUAGGGUGACGAUUCGGUUCAUGUUAGGUUUAGGGUUAGGGUCAGGUACAGUGUUUGACCAGGCUGUUAUCUUUAUGGAAAUCAAUUAGUGUAGGAUAUUGACCGUUGAGCAAUUAUUACCGCACCAUGUCUUAACACUGUCGUACUACUGAACAAACAUCUUGGAGUACCUACAGUGAUAUUUAUUCUGACAAGUGACUGCAUUGCACAGAAAUUGAAUUUUAUUUGGUUCCUGUUGGCCAUCUAGACUUUGGCAUAUAUAGUACUAAAAUCACUUUUAAUAUUAAAGUACUUAUCUGGAGGACCUGUUUUGAAGGCAGUGACUUGAAAGGACUCGAAUUAAACAAAAUAUCGUGAUAAGAAUGGUUCUUCUUCCCUUUUGAGUACAGACCUCUUUACAGAGUAUUAUCCUACUAUACUGGGGGUGUGUGCAGGUGGACCACUACACCGGGGUUUCCCCCUACU